ACUUUUUCCAUCAACUGCUCUUCAUCACUCAGCAAUUCCUAAUUCUUGAAUAGGGUCUCUCGAUUUCUCAUAUUUCAUCCGUUCGUUUUCAAGAUUCAUGUGGAAGUCUCGCAUUGUGGCUGGAUUUUAAUUAGAUGAAACAAUUGCGUGUGUUUGAAUUGUUGCCAUCAAGAUUAACAAAAUUGUGAAUUUCCAAUUAGAAAAUCUUGAUUUCUCGAGGCGAUUGCAUUUAAUACCAGUUUUCCGCAAUUUAGAUUCGCCUUGUUUUGCGUAAAGACAGCUUCAAAUUAUUCAAAAAUCAUAUCUUUAUUGUGUUUCUUCUGAACCAUAUAUAUGUAUUCUGCUGCCGGUUGAUACGACUUUUUGCAUCAAUCUGCCAGUUUCUUUUCACUAUCUCUGGUUCUUGAAAAUCCAUUGCUUGAUCAUGAAGUUUUGAGGGCGUGAAAAUGUGUAAAUUGGAGGAUGGAGUUGAGGCAGACGAGAGGCAUCCGCAUUGGAAUGUGGGGAUGAAUAUCUUGGGUGGAAAGGAAGUUGCAGAGACCAUGUAUUUGAGGCUCUCUCAAGCUAGAAUGAAGCUAUGGAUUCUGAGAUUAAUCACCACAUUAUUGAUAUGGAUAUGUAUUAUGCAAUUUGUGGCAGUUGGAGAAGAUUGGGGGCCAAAGUUGUUGAAGAGCUGGCCUUCUUGUUCCAUCCCUCCCAUAAUGCAUGAUGCAACUACUGUGUCUUCUUUUCUGCCCAAACGGCCUCAUCAUCCACCUAAGAGAGUAUACAACAAUAAUGGUUACCUUGUUGUUUCUUGCAAUGGAGGGCUCAACCAAAUGCGAGCAGCUAUUUGUGAUAUGGUUUCCAUAGCCAGACACCUUAACAUUACUCUAAUUGUCCCUGAAUUGGAUAAAACAUCGUUUUGGGCAGAUCCGAGUGAUUUUCAGGAUAUAUUCGAUGUUGAUCACUUCAUUCUAUCAUUGAGGGAUGAGGUUCGGAUACUGAAAGAACUUCCACCACGGCUUAAAAGGAGAGUAGAACGUGGAAUGUUCCAUGAGUUGCCUCCUGUUAGUUGGUCGAAUCUUUCUUACUACCAUCAGCAGAUUCUUCCACUUCUUAAAAGGCAUAAAGUUGUACGCUUGAAUAAAACUGAUGCUCGCCUUGCCAACAACGGAUUGCCACUGGAAGUUCAGAAGCUACGUUGCAAAGUGAAUUUCAAUGCACUGAGAUUUACUGCCCCAAUCCAGGAGUUGGGCAGAAAAGUGGUCGGGAUGCUGAGACGAAAAGGUUCUUUCCUUGUGCUCCACCUUAGAUACGAAAUGGACAUGCUGUCCUUUUCUGGCUGCACUCGAGGCUGCAACACCAAUGAGAUUAAUGAACUGACUGCAAUGAGAUAUUCUAACCCUGGGUGGAAGGAGAAAGUCAUAGAUCCCGACCUUAAAAGGAAAGACGGUCUAUGCCCUUUGACGCCUGAAGAAACUGCUCUAGUGCUUAGGGCUCUUGGUAUUGAUCCUAAUGUUCAAAUAUACAUAGCAGCUGGAGAGAUUUAUGGUGGAAAAAGGCGACUGAAAAGUUUGACUAACGCGUUCCCCAAUCUGGUUACAAAGGAAAUGUUGUUGGAGCCCUCUGAUUUGUCGUUUUUCAAGAAUCACUCGUCACAGAUGGCUGCUCUGGACUAUCUUGUUUCAUUGGAGAGUGAUGUUUUUGUUCCCACGUACGAUGGAAAUAUGGCUAGAGUUGUAGAAGGACAUCGCAGGUAUUUAGGUUUCAAGAAGACUAUUCUACUUAACAGGAGAAUUUUGGUUGAUUUGAUCGAUCAAUACAACGAAGGAACGCUGAGCUGGGAUGAGUUCUCAUCCCACAUGAAGGAGGCUCAUGAAAACCGAGUGGGGAGCCCCAAGAAGCGUGCUAUAAUCUCAGACAAACCGAAGGAGGAAGAUUACUUUUAUAGCAACCCACAGGAAUGCCUUGCUGCAGAUACUUGACAUUUUUGGCACGUAUAUUAUGCUCGUGUAGAUUACAUUGACAGCACACAGCUCGUGUGUAGACUAUGAGAACAGAUGCUUGCAGGAGGACGAAGACAAGGAUGAGGAUGAGGCCGGCCUUUACACAAUUCUUUUAUUUAAGAAUCUGUACAGAUUCAAAUCACCCUUUGAGUUGCAGGAUUGUAGAAAACUCUGUUUAGGAAAAUGAAUAGGUCUGCCGCUGAUUGUUGGAUAACAUUUCAGAAACAUUUUUUGGCUUUCUUACCAUCUUUUUGGUAUUUCAA